AGGCCGCGGAGGGAAGCCGAAGCCCUGCGCCACCGUCUUACUAAAGGAGUGCAAGCCCCGCCGUUCGUUCUUCCCCACGCUGGGCUGGCCACUGGCGGGGCUGGGCGGGGCGGGGCAUGGCGACCGCGGAGCUCCGGGGGCACGCGGUGCAGAUGUCCACCCAGGGGACCCAGUCUGGCGCGGCCCCCGAUGGCACAGCAGAAGCUGCGGGACUGCCUUCCGGACGGGGCGGCGGCGCUGCCCUCCGUCUCGGGGAACGCGCGCUCGCUGCUGUGGAGAAGCGGGGACCAUACAUGGUGACGCGCGCACCUUCCAUUCAGGCUAAGCUUCAGAAGCACCGGGACCUGGCCAAGGCCGUUCUACGGAGAAAGGGCAUGCUGGGGGCCUUGCCGAACCGCCCCGAUUCUUCAGGGAAAAGGUCAGUGAAGUUUAACAAGGGCUAUACUGCUCUUAGCCAGAGUCCAGAUGAAAACCUGGUGUCCCUUGACUCUGACAGUGAUGGGGAGCUGGAAUCCAGAUACUCCUCCGGGUAUUCCUCUGCAGAGCAGGUGAACCAGGAUGUGAGUCGGCAGCUGCUGCAAGAUGGCUAUCACCUGGAUGAGAUUCCAGACGAUGAGGCCCUGGACCUCAUCCCCCCUAAGCCGAUUGCCUCUUCCGCCUGCUCUUGCUGCUGGUGCUGUCUUGGGGAUUCUUCCUGUACCCUCCAGUAGCCAUAACCCUCCAGGAUGGGCCCUGCUCAUCGUGAGCCCUGAUGGCUCUUCACAGCUCUGUGCACUGGGCACUCUUGCCAGCCUAGAAUCCCUGGAAACACUGACCUUCUGGGCAGGCCACUGACCUCCAGGCAGCCGUCACCUGGUGCUUCUCCUAUCAGAAGCCCCUGUCUGGGUCACAGGCUAUAGACAGGUCAAAGUCUGCACUUCUCUUUUGGGGCAGUUUCAAGAAGCCAAUCUAAUAAGGGUAGGAGAAGAGACUUUCUGCGGUUCUUAUGCUACUGACAAGGAUUGCCAAGAAAACCAUUUGUAGACAUUCUGACUGUUGUUUGUCGGGGUGUUCUGAGGAAAGGGAAAGAAAGAGCUCCUCUGCCCAGGCUGUGCUGGGUGGUGUGAUGGGAGGCAGAAAACAGCACUUUAUGGCUUGCAGUAAGAAUCUGAAAGACUGUAACUGAGACCAAUUCAAAAAAUUCUGUGUUUUUCUUGCUCCAGCUCUAAGGUCAGUUAACAGGUUUGACCUUCAGGAAAGCACAAAGUGGGUUGCUACUUCGGGUUACAUCUGUCUAGUCAUGGCAAGGAAUAGAACCUGAUGAUGAUGUAGGGUUGUGGCUUUCCCAACCUCUGGACUGGGGCAUUCAUUCUACUAGUGCAGCUGUCUGGAUGGGUCUAGUGACUGGUCAGCCCUUCCCUAGUUAAAGGGAACUGUUCUGUCAUGUAUAUGUCCAUUUAGCUGCAGUUCCUUGGCCUUUGCUAGUUUUCCACCUGUUUUUUUUUUUGUUUUUGUUUUUGUUUUUUGUUUUGUUUUGUUUGUUUUUGAGCUAAUAGUUGGAUUGGCUCCUGGGGCUGGCACCAGAAACCUGCAGUUUUUGUGGUUACCAGCAGAGGGAGCUGCUGGGCAGUCAGUGCCUUCCUGUGUUUAGCUUUUAAAACGUUGAUGUCCUGGUGUGUAGCUAGCUGUGUGGCUUUGGCCUACAUGGGAAUGUUCAGCCAGGACGGGGAAGAGACCUAAGCCAGCUCCUGGACCCCCACUUGAGAUAAAUCAGUUUUCAGUGCAAGGGGAUUUCCCUCUUCUAACAAGAUUUAUUCCUAUGGCACAUUCCUCUGCCCCAGCACAGGGCUCACAGGCUGGAUGCAUAGGUCUGGUAGACCAAUUGCCUAGCAUGUGCAAUGCUCUGGGUUCGAGUCCCACACUGGGGGACUUUGUUCCCACACUGGAACAAAGCAAACCUGUGGUGAGCAAAGCCUUUCUCAACCCCAAGCCUGAACACAGCAAACAAAGGGAUAAUUUCUCUUGCAAUACUAAGCCUCUUUCUGGAAUUUCGUUUUCCAGAACCCUCUCCCCCACCUUUUCUUUGUCUUACCCAGGUGUGUGGUGAGACUUGGAGUGGACAGGGUUUCCAGCAUAACGGACACAAUAGAAUUCGGGGUUGGGCACCACUGACUGUCACAUUCAGUGACUACUAGAGGCUUAGGAAUGAUGUGCCCUCUAUGGUCGUGCUUGGUUCUUGGGACUGGGUUAUAGAUGCUAAUUGUACUCUGCAGUGGGACUCUGCAGCUGUGCAGGUAUCUCCCAUUCUCAGCACCUGUGUAAAGCCUGCAGGGAAGGAGCUCAGACCAUAUCUAGGCCUUCUGGAGAUCUGCAGAGGUGAAGCACAUGUGGAAAGCGAAUGUAUGUAGUAGUCUUGAGGAAGACUUGCUGGUGUGGCUCAUGAGGGCCAGAGUGGUUGUGGAACUUCAAUGUGGAGCCCUAUUCCUGUUGGGAUUUGGUUAAAACAGAGUAGUUUGUGUAUUCAGCAGCUGGGGGCGGGGUUGUAGUAACCUCCAAACCACACCCUCUGGGGUGGUUGUUGCUGUAAUCAACACUGAGGUACUUGGCUGGAACAGUCCCUGGAAGGGAAGUUCUAGAGCUGGGUGGCCUUCUGUGGGAAAGCAUUGCUUUAGUGAAAGCUCAGGGAUGUAGAGCAGGUGAUAAUGUCCAGUUCGGAGGUACCAGUAGAAAUGGUCAGUUGUUAGGGGCUAGACAAAAAUAAUACCAAUAAAGGCACAAUGGUGCGCAGAUUCUAACGCCCUCAAUUCAGAGUGCUGGGUGUUCUGCAGGAGGCAGUCCCUGGGAAGGAGGACAUCAGCUUCCUCAGGAGUGGUUCCACUGGAUGUUUACAGACCACUGUUCUACAGACCUCUUGGCUUGUACUUCCACGGUCUCUUAUAAUAAAUGCAAUCAUGGUAGUUGGUCUGUA